CAUUGAUUUGUGUGUUUUUUGUGCAGAUAGUGGUGUAGGAAAGAGCAAUCUUAUGAGAUGUAUGAUGAAUAACCGGUAUCUUGACCGACAUGAUGCUACAAUUGGUAUUGAAUGGGGCGCUCGAAUGAUUGAGGUAGAAGGGGUUAGAAUGAAACUUCAAUUAUGGGAUACGGCAGGUCAAGAAACAUUUCAUGCUAUGACACGGAAUUACUAUAGAGGAUCAUCAGGAGCAUUAUUAGUUUAUGAUAUUACACGGAGAGAAACAUUUGAACAUGCGGCAGUUUGGUUGGAAGACUUGAGAAUGUAUGGAAGUUCUAAUAUAUCAAUUGCAUUAAUUGGAAACAAAUCAGACUUGGGAAAUACGUCUCGUGAGGUAGGAUAUGAGGAGGCGAAAAAAUGGGCGAAUGAAAAGGGUGUUUAUAUAUUUUCAGAAGUGAGUGCAAAAACAGGAGAUCAAGUAAAUGAGAGUUUUAUGAAAAUAGCACGAAAUAUAUAUGAAAAGAUAUUAAAUAAUCAACUUGACAUAAAUGAUCGAUUGAAUGGUAUAAAAGUGAGACAAAAAAAUGUAGUAGUUAUGGAUGUGAAAAAAAGGAAAUGGUGUUGUUGAAGGAUACGUAAGAUUUUUUAAUUAAUAAUUUUGGAAUUUAAUGGU